AUGGAAUUUGCCCCUUCAUCCCCUGUUUCCUCUCCUCCUUGGUCGAGCAGUCCUGCUCCCACUAACUCGAGCUCUGCAACUCGUGUUGAACCAACUUCCUUUGAUUUUUUCAAGAAGACAAACUACUCCCACUUGCCUCAUUUAAUGAGCUCUGACAUAGGUUUUGUUUCUGAUACAGGUUCUCCCCUUAUUCCCCUCUCCCCGGUGGAUGAGGUGCCUAAACCUCCUGAGGCAAGGGAGAGUAUAUUAUAUAAGUCUCCUUCACGUUGUGGAAAGCUGGGCCCAAAAAUGCCUUCCAGGCGUGGAAAGCCUGGCCUUCAAGCCACAUCCCCUUCCUGUCGUGGACAGUACCUGCAUGACCGAAUGUCUAAAAGUUACAUUACAUACCCUCUCCGUCAGCAUCAAGCUCCACUGGAGCUCCAAUUUGCAGCCUGUGUUUCAGGGCAAGGAUGUAGGCCAGAAUUCACUGCCGAAGAAGUUAACAAGCGAGAGGAAUUAAUUUACAGGGGCCUCUCGCAUCUGAGCCUUGCAACUUUGCACUCAUUAUUCAAGUCAAAGCUUGCUAGUCAUGAAGCUGCACGCCAACGUCUUGUGUUGACGGCGUGGGAAGUCGAGGAGUCAGAACAGUUCACAGCAUUCCUGAAUGGACUCCAUCAUGAGAACCAAGACCGCCUCCUUUUCAGUGAUGAAGAAUUGAAAAAGGUCAGAAAUUUUUUUUCUGACUGGUCACAAGAACAAAUCGACGAUGACACAAGCUAUCUUCAAGCUGUCUAUGAUGAGGAUUGUGAAAUUUUUUGCGCUGUCUCCGCCCAAGCCAAGGUGCUCACAAAGCACCUGGGCUCUCACAUCAAAGAAGACAUUUUGGGUUCCAUAGGAAAGUCUUCUCACACACCCCACUUCAUCGGUAAAUCUGGUCCAUUUUCAGACACAGAUGAUAUGGAUGAUGACGAAUCCGAUGAUGAUGACGAAUCCGAUGAUGAUGACGAUGAUGAUGGCGACAAGGCAGCCGAUGGUGGUGUUGAUGGGUAG